AUGGCAGACACAGAUCCCAAAACACUCAAAGAAAACCCCCCCAUCGCCAUCUCCCUCGACGAUGAACUCAGCGACGCAGCAUUACUCCGAAAGAUUGACUGGCGCAUUCUCCCCAUCAUGUUCCUGACGUAUUUUCUCCAAUUCCUCGACAAAGUCUCCCUCAAUUACGCAAAUGUAAUGGGUCUCCAAGUGGACCUCAAAAUGCAUGGGAACAACUUUGCCUGGCUGGCGACGGCGUUUUUUAUUGCGUAUGCCGUGGCGGAGAUUCCUCAGGGAAUCCUCCUGCAACGAUUCCCCGUGACGAAAGUCCUCGGGGUGAAUAUCCUCUGUUGGGGCGUGUUGCUCUCCUGCUCGGCCGCAGCGACCAACUAUGCUGGAAUGAUGGCUUUGCGUGUUCUGCUAGGGGUGAUGGAGGCUGUUAUUGCACCCGCUCUCACAAUCUACACCGCAAUGUGGUACACCCGAGAAGAGUCCACCCCGCGGUACGGCUUCUGGUACUGUGGACUAGGCGCCGGCCAAAUCAUCGGCGGACUGAUCUCGUUCGCCGCGCAACGCGCCACGCCGUCCGGGUCAGGGCUGCACGGAUGGCGGGCGAUGUUCGUCGCGAUCGGAGUAGUGAACGUUGCGAUCGCGGGGCUCGUCCUGUUCGUGCUGCCGUCCUCGCCGGACACAGCGGGGUUUCUGAGCGAGGCGGAGCGGGCGCGGAUCGCGCAGCGGCUGAGUGAGGACGAGGCUGGGAGGGUCGGGGUGGGGCGGAAGCAGAGCGGGUGGAGAUCGCUGGCUGGAGCCUUGUGCGAUGCGCAGACGUGGCUCCUGGCGCUGUUGACGGUACUGGUGUGUGUGCCUAGCGGGGUGAUUACGACGUUCUCGGCGGUGCUGAUCAAGGGGUUUGGGUAUACGAGUGAGGAGAGCGCGCUGCUGAAUAUGCCGAGUGGGGUGGUUAGUAUCGCCGCGACGAUGGUGUCGACGUGGGCGAUUGCGCGUCGGUAUUCGCGGUGGUUGGCGAUUGAUCUGCUGCUCGUGCCGACGCUGGUUGGGUCGUGUCUGAUGAGUUUCUUGCCCGCGUCGAACCAGGGGGGGUGUCUGGUAGGGAUUUAUCUGGUGAAUUCGACGGUGGCGCCGUUGGCGUUGAUCUUUGCGUGGACGGGGGCGAACUAUAAGGACUAUACUAUGCGGGUCUCCGGAUGUUCAUUGAUAUCUGCUGCGUUUAGUAUCGCCAAUAUCAUCGGUCCGCAGACGUUCCAAGCGGCCGACGCACCAGAAUACCUCCCUGCAAAACUCACCCUCGUGGCUGUCAACGCCGCGGGAAUUGUCGUUUCUACUGCCCUGCGAGUGUUGUAUGGAGUGCGCAACGCGCGGGCCAGCAGGAUGGGGUUGCCAGCGAUGGGUCGCAUCGAGGGGAAAUUACAGCCUGAUGGGCUUGAUCAGGCUGGGUUUCGCUACGUUUAUUAA